AUGGCCUCCAGCCAGCCGCGAAGAUACCUGGGCGAUGGAUUCGACUACCGAAGACCCAUUUCGCUCUCGAGGAAUGACGCCCAGACCCCGCUGAUCGACCUGACAGCUGACGAUGCGGGCCCCUCGAUGUCGAGCAACGCCCAGACUGCCGCUCGAGCGCAGCGGCCACCACGCUUCCCCCGCGAGAUCAUCGACCUCGACGACGACGCCUCCGCGCAGCCGGUAGCCCCUCCAGAUUCGCCUGAUAUUCAGUUCAUCUCUGCACGAACCCUUGAUCCGCCGCGACGGCCUGUCCCUCCCACUCUCCGGACAAACACGCCCAACAACGAUGGCGACGAUGACGACCUAGAGAUCUUGGGGGUCCAUAGUGUGCCUGCUGAGCGACAGGCAGCGGGAGAGUACUUCGACCAGAUGGUCGACCAUUUCCUCGAGAACAUGGUGCAAGGUCCCGGCCUUACUCGUUUCCAGGCCGAGGUCCAGAGGAUACGUAGGCCGGCAAUACCACCUCGGGCUGGUGGGGCUCGUGGACGACCCCACGUACACGUUGGGUUCAUGGCGCCCGAGAUAGACUUCCACGUGGUAGGCUUCGACAUGGGCCUAGGAGGAGGACCUGCUCCACCGCCACCGACAUACGAUGCACCUCCGGCGGCACCAAACGGCUUCACGAGGUCACCAGUUGAGGGCGAUGUUCUCGUCUGUCCGAACUGUGAAGACGAGCUAUGUUUGGGUGACUCGGAUCUCAAGAAGCAGGUGUGGAUCAUAAAGAAAUGCGGCCACGUUUACUGUGGAGACUGUACCGCAAACCGGGCCCUCAAGACCAGACCAAAAGGCAAAGAAAAGAUAGGCCUUCUUCGCCCCAAGACCUUCAAGAUCUGUGUGGUCGAGGGCUGCGAAGAGAAAGCGCACACUCGAAACUCCAUGAUCCAAGUCUUCCUCUGA